AUGUGCAGAGGUGACGUCCCUUUUCAGCUUUGUCAACAAUGCGUCCAAGAUGCUACUCAGCGACUAUCAACAGAGUGCUCCUUGGCUAACCAAGCUGUGAUUUGGUACGAUGAGUGCACCGUUCGUUAUUCCAAUCGCUCAUUCUUCUCUACUUUCGACACCAGGCCUAGACUUGGCAUGAUGAACACAGCCAAUAUCCCAAACCAGAAAAGCUUUAUGCGUUUAUUGUUUCAGACCAUGAACCAAACUGCAGAUGAUGCUGCUCGUCCCCUUGUUGGUAACAAGUUUUCCAGAAGGCAAGCAAAAACUUCUGGAUCUCAGAGGCUUUAUUGUCUAGCUCAAUGCACUCCGGACCUGUCACCCAAAGAUUGCAGAACCUGUCUCAGUGCAUUGAUAGGGGACCUUCCAUGGUGCUGUCAAGGGAAGCUAGGAGGGAGAGUUCUUUAUCCCAGUUGUAAUGCUAGGUAUGAAUUGUACCCUUUCUAUGAUCAGCUGAGUUGA